GCCGGUGUUUGCCACAUUGCAUACCUCCGAUUGUGCAGGCGCUUUGAUAUUGCUUUCAAUUUAAUUCGCUCAUAGUGACGAAUUCCUUUCAACUCUCCGCAUAAGUGGGUUUUAAUACUUUUAAUUAAAGCACUUGGCGAAUUGACCGCAGUUAACCGAGGUCUGUUGUUUGUCUGACCGAGCGAGUGCCAAUGUCAUUUCCAUUUGCCAGUCUGCGCCGCCUCGCUGCUCGUCGCGGCGCAUCUUUUUCUCGUCCGCCAACAUUUCAGACUGGCGAGUGAAUUGAAUAUCAUGUAUUGUGUGCGCUGGCCUGCGGUGUCGUUCGGACUGUGCAAAGUGGAUUGAAAUAAAAAUACACAGAAACUCGCUUAUUCAGCUCGGGUACGAGUUGGCGCGGAGUUUGCACCGAUGGCUGGAAAACCGGUUUGGAGUCAGCUGAGCUGAAAGAGCGGCCAGAUGGGCCGUUUGUGAGACGCGCAGGCGGCCACGGCCUCUCGGCGGCCAUGGAGGACGAGUGCAGCAGCGAGAUCGUCACCGAGGACGUGCCCGAGCGCCGACACAAGGUUCGGAGCGGCAUGGUGGCCGUGAGCGACGGGAAGAGCCGUCCGCGGGCGAUGCGGCUGCACCUGUCGCUGGAGGUGUUGCGGCUGCAGAGCCAGUCGGACGACGUCGAGCCGUCGCCCCCGGGGCACCCGCGCCGCCCCUCGGACCACCUCAGCCCCGCGGCCCCACCCUCGCCCGGCGCCCUUUCCGCCUCCAGCCAGCCCAUCGACGACCCCAACAGACUUCCGCCCCCUGACGCCAGGGAAAGAACGGUGGAAGUUCAGAGGCAGCGGACGGGCGGUUUGGGUUUGAGCAUCAAGGGCGGCUCCGAGCACAAGUUGCCGAUUCUGAUCUCGCGCAUCUUCCGAGAGCAGGCGGCCGACCAGACCGGAAACCUGUUCGUCGGCGACGCCAUCGUUAGAGUCAACGAGCAGGAAAUGUACGGCCGGACGCACGACCAGGCCGUCAACAUUUUGCGCAACGCCGGCGACGUCGUCACCAUCACCGUCAAGCACUACAAAGCGGCCACGCCGUUCCUCCAACACAAUUUUCCUCGGGAGGACAGCAGCAGGUCUCUGAAUUUGGACAAUUUGCAAAAUGGAGACUGGCGCGCGAGUUCGCCGGUGUCCAGGAGGUCGUCGGCAGUGGACAGCACGUCCUCGGGCCGCUGGGUCGACGUGGUCACCGUCCCCCUCCUCAUGGCCUACGUCACAAGGUACAUUUUCGGGACGGACAAGUUGCGUCCGAAUGCGUUCGAGGUGCGGGGGUUGAACGGCGCGUCGACGGGGGUGGUGCAGUGCGGCGACGCGGCCAUCCUGUCGCAGUGGCUCAAGUACGUGACGGACAACAUCUUCGGGCUGACCAACCUGCAGGUCAAGUUGUUCAACCGCACGCUCGCCUCGUCCGAGCGCGUCGAGUACAUGGGCUGGGUCAACGAGGGCGUCCUCAACAACAACCAGCCCUGGCAGUGCUGGCGACCCAAGUUCCUCACCCUGCGCAGCACCGACCUCGUCCUCAGCGACACCCCGCCGGUGAGCGUGACGAACUGGGGCGACAACUGCCAGACGUUCCAAAUCUACCAGAGCAUGUUCCGCGUGAUCAAGGACAGCGAGAACGUGGACGAGCGGCAACACUGCUUCCUGCUGCAGACGGCGGGACACGAGUCGCGCUACCUGUCGGUCGAGACGCGGCAGGAGUUGUUGCGGAUCGAGGCCGCGUGGCACUGCGCCGUCUGCUCGGCCGUCAUCAAACUCAAGUGCAAAACGUUCAACGUGGUGUGGGGCGGAAAACCGGCGGUGCUGACCCUCGACUGGAACGUCGGCUUUGUUCUGGCCGACGCGGAAAGCGGCGCCGCCAGCUGGAAGUACAAGUUCUCGCAGCUCAAAGGCUCCUCGGACGACAACAAGUGCAGGCUCAAGUUGCACUUCCAGCUCACAGAAACCAGAAUCAUUGAAACACGAGAGAUGGAGUGCGCGACGCUGCAGUCGCUGCUGUUCUGCAUGCACGCGUUCCUGACGGCCAAGGUUGCGGCCGUCGACCCCGCCUUCCUCAGCUCGAAGGAGCCCUAGCCCGAGGGGGCCGCGGGGGCGCAGGAGCGGCCCGCCGCCCCCAGGGUCGCGCCCCGGGCCGUCGAGUGGGCGUGUUCGCCGCAGAGUUCCCCCUCCCGCCGCCCCACCUCGCUCGCCCUCCGCAGGACCACGGCCCCCACGACCCGGUAGUGCAGCCGCCGCCGCCC